UAUCGAUAGAUUCUGUCGCGGAUUUUUAUUUUAUUUUUCAUAUUAUUAACAAAAAUAAAUAAAAGACUAGCCCAGCCUUCUUCAUGGGCGAACACCGCAGCGCUUACGCUUGUAUCAACUUGGCCAAUGAAAUGUUUGUGGUGAUGUUUCACACCAGACAAUCGGAAUCAUUUCAGGACUGACGAUAAUUGACUUAGCUAGUUUUAAUGGAAAUAGAUAGUUUGCGUAACAAGACAGCUAGCAAGCUACAAAAUCAAGUAUCCAACAUUCGGUCAGCUGACAUCCGCCAUCUUUCCAGAUCAUGUGACCAAACUACCUUUGUUCCGGUAGUGGUCUUCAAAUAGCUAGCAUUAGCACUUCACUUGUAUUGUACAGAGAUCGCCUUUUCCCUCUCACAUCUAGUACAAUAUCGACGUGCAUAAUAGGAAAAAUACUGCUCUGCCAAGAGAUGCCCCUCCAGCGAACUCCUUUGAUGUAACACUACCGAGGCAGGAAUCACCGCUUUACAGCAUAGUGAUCAUAACAUCAAUAUCAUCAUCUGACUGGAGAGACGCACCACCUUUUUGUUGAUUAAUCCACAUUCAACUCCCAAAGACCAGGUGGCUCUGGAGGAGGAAUCCGAGACGACGGCAGCAGGAGGAUCCACCCAGCGCCAGUGGACUAACCAUGACCUCCAACACUGACAAUCGUCAAGACGGCCCAGGUCCAGUUCUCUCCAGGAUAUCAGCGAGCACCUCUGAGGAGGAUGUUCUUUGUCCUACUCCACCUCUGCCCCCGGGACCUGAUUCUCAGUACGAGAGAAUUGGAGGCCAAACGGGGACUUCGUUUUUACAGACCCUGAUCCACCUCCUGAAGGGGAACAUCGGUACAGGGCUGCUAGGCCUACCUCUGGCUGUCAGGAACGCAGGCCUUGUGUUAGGACCUCUGAGUCUGUUUGCCAUGGGGAUAAUAGCAGUCCACUGUAUGAACCUGCUUGUAACAUGUUCCCACCACCUGAGUGUAAAGUUGAACAAGCCCUUUCUGGACUACGGUGAUGCUGUGCAGUAUGGUAUGGAGAAUGUCUCGUGGCUGAGAAGGCACUCAAUAUGGGGGAGGCGGAUAGUGAACGUGUUUCUGAUCAUCACCCAGCUGGGUUUCUGCUGUGUCUACUUCGUCUUCCUCAGUGACAACGUCAAACAGGUGGUGGAAGCUUCUAACGGGACAACCGUGAACUGCCACAACAACCAGACGGCUGUCGCCGUCCCCAGCUUUGACUCCCGUCUCUACAUGUUGUGUUUCCUCCCAGCUGUUAUACUCUUGGUGUUCACCCGCAACCUGAAGUACCUGGCCCCCCUCUCUCUGGUAGCCAACCUGGCCAUGUGUACUAGCCUGGUCCUCAUCUACUUCUUCUGCUUCACGAACAUCCCAAAUCAUAUCAGCCUGCCGAAGGUGGGUCAUGCCAAAGACUACCCUCUCUUCUUUGGAACAGCCAUCUUUGCUUUCGAGGGGAUAGGAGUGGUCCUGCCCCUGGAGAACAAGAUGCAGAAGCCUCAGAGUUUCAAUAUGGUUCUAUAUCUGGGAAUGGGCAUCGUCACCUUCCUCUAUAUCAGCCUGGGGACCAUAGGGUACAUCACCUUUGGAGAGGCCAUAGGGGGAAGUGUCACCCUUAACUUACCCAACUGCUGGAUGUAUCAGAUUGUAAAACUGCUCUACUGUUUUGGAAUCUACAUCACCUUUGCCCUUCAGUUCUACGUGCCAGCUGAGAUCAUGAUUCCUCCGGUGCUGUCCCGCGUCUCAGAGAGAUGGAAACUGCCGGUAGAUCUCCUAAUCCGCACUGGGCUCGUCGUCUUCACCUGUGUUCUGGCCAUACUGAUCCCCCAGCUGGACCUGGUCAUCUCUUUAGUGGGGUCCAUCAGCAGCAGUUUCCUGGCUCUCAUCUUCCCUCCACUCCUCCAGAUCCUCACCUACCACAACGAAGGUCUGUCUCCCUGGGUCAUCAUCAAGAACACCCUGAUCUCUGUCAUCGGCUUCAUCGGCUUCAUCACCGGUACCUAUAUAUCCAUCACAGAGAUCAUCAAACGCAACGGCAGACAUGACAAUCUGGAUGUGACCUUCUUCCAGGUCCAGUGAGAGAUCUAGUGAGGAAGAGGAGGAUAUCUGACAGUGGUUGGUCUGGCAAACAGUAGAGGCUGGUGGGUGGAGAAAUCUGAGGACGGGUUCAUUGUAGAAUGGAUGGGUACCUUCCUCCGAUUUUAAGGUGUCACCAGCCUCCACUGCUGUCAAACAAUCAAACCCAGAAGUCCUCACCCUGGCUUCAGACAUGUUUUUCUCACUUGCUCCGUUGUCCAUUGAUUACACAUUUAUUGAUAUUGUGAGUCUGCUUACUGUUGUGGUUAUUGGUUGCUGUGGAACAAUUAUUUAAUGGAAUAUAACUGUAAAUCAACUAUUUUCUACAGUAGCUGUAUAGCCAAGUAGAGAACAUAUUCUUCUGACAUGAGCUUCAUUCUCUCUGUGCCUCAUGAGCUUCGACGUUUUUAACUUCUUAAUUUUAUUACAUACUUUUAUGUUUUAAACUCUGCUAUGCCCCAAGCACACCUUCUAUCUUACAUGUUUUAUUAUUUUAUGUUGAAUAAUUUACCAAAUCAUUGAGCAAUCGCAUUCUCGUAACAUUUAUUGUUAACAUCCUGGAAGUGGUUCAAGUUGUUUAAGUGAUCAAAUUAAGCAAUAAGGCACUUCUGGGGGUUGUAGUAUAUGGCCAAUAUACCACGGCUAAGGGCUGUUCUUAGGCAAGACGCAACGCGGAGUGCCUGUAUACAGCCCUUAGCCGUGGUAUAUUGGCCAUAUACUACAACCCCCAGAAGUGCCUUAUUGCUAUUAUAAACUGGUUACCAAUGUAAUUAGAGCAGUAAAAAAAAACAUGUUUUGUCAUACCCAUGGUAUACGGUCUGAAAUACCACCGGGUUAAUAAUAUCAUUUAAAUAACAGUUAAGUGCCAUUUUGAAUGAUAUCUUCAUUCUAUAGGCCUUACGAAGAGGAAGAUAUUGUAUGUUUUAAGCACAGCGUGACUAGGCUAUUUCCAAUAGAAGGGUAAAUGACCGACGGUGUUUAAUAAGACAGAACACAACAACCUGUAGUCUGAUGAUCACCAUCGUCAUCACUGUAUAUGUAGCUAUGACAAUGACCGUUGAAUACCGUUUACUGAUUGACUACGCUUAGAGGCAAGAUGUAAUAGUUGAAAGUUCACUUUUUGUUUGGUUUUUAAAAGGUAAAGCUUCAUUUACAUUUAAGGCAAGCUGACUGGAUCACCUACUGUAAUACUGAUGAACUUGAGGGACUGUAAAGAGAAAAUACAAAACCAUGUGUAUUAUUGUAGAGCUAAUACCAUUUUGUUAUUUCUCAGUUGAUGUUAUUUAUGUUGGUAUUUUUAUUUCUUACAUUUGUCUCAAGUUGGGCACUGGACUUAUUAAUCUUACUUAGCUUCCGGAUAUCACAACGGCUAUUUCAUUUGUUUUAUCACUUGUCUCGCUUGUACCAACGGUUUGAGUUUUUAGACUGAGUGGGCCCAGUUUAGAGUGGGUUUGGACUGAGUGGGCCCAGGUUGGACUGUGGGCCCAGUUUAGACUGGGUUGGACUGAGUGGGCCCAGUUUAGACUGGGUGGGACUGAGUGGGCCCAGUUUAGACUGGGUGGGACUGAGUGGGCCCAGUUUAGAGUGGGUGGGACUGAGUGGGCCCAGUUUAGAGUGGGUUGGAUAUCAUGUUGAUGUCACAUGGCAUUGGGAGAACUUAACUGAUAGUUGCUCUCUUCGACUAGCCUUGAGUAAUGGCAGGUUUGAACUAUUAUUGAGUUUGCGCUUUAUUGCUGCUGAAAUAUAGUAUUCUGAAUUUCCCAUGAGAAAAUACUGAUCUUGAACAUGUAUUUCAUACGUUUUUAUUUCAUUACAGUCUCUAAAUGGAAAAAGUUCACAAUUCUGGAAAUUAUACUAGCUUUGAAUAAUGGCAGGUUUGAACUAUUGUUGAGUUUGCACUUUAUUGUAAAUCAAAUAUAGUAUUCUGACUUUCCCGUGAGAAAUACUGCUGAACGUUUAAUAAGGGGUCUUUUUGUCGUGAUCAUGAACGUGUCAUUUUAUUUUUUAUCUUUUUUAAUUUCAUUACAGCCUAAAUGAAAGAAGUUCACACUUAUGGGAAUUAUACGUAUGCAUUUUUGUUGCUUGUUGUGGUGUUGACGGGAAUUCUGAUGUUUACAUCCCUUAAAAAUCGUACUCAUCAUAUAGGUUACGUCCCAAAUUGCAGCUUAUUCCCUUCAUCGUGCACUACUGUUGAGCAGAGUCCUAUGGGCCCUUGUCAAAUGUAGUGCACUAUAAAAGGGAAUAGGUUGGCAUUUGGGAUGCAUACAGUCUCGUUCACUAGUCUGUCUCUCUGGAAAUUAGCUACAGUGGGAUGACUUGGAGGUUACCCAUCAUAGAACUCACUUAAAGGUCCUCUCUGGUACUUUUGCGUACUUGUUAGCCAGUAGUUUUGGGCAAAAGUAGGCCCCCCGAAAGUGGUGUACUACGUCAUAUGUCCACCACAUUAUUGCUCUCGCUCCCUCACUCUACUGUGUGUGUUUUGAUAGCUGUCACUCAAAUGGCGAGGGGCUGAAACUCUUAAUUGCUACGGGGCUGGCCCACGUGGGGGUAAAUGUAGGGAAAAUGGCGCUGCACAGUUUCCAGAAAACAGUCGCUUUCAAGCUAGGGAUUUAAUUUUUAAUUGAGAUUAAACAGUAAUUCUGCUCAUAGAUGAUGCGUGUAUGAACUACACAGUGACACAUCCAGCCCAAAGCGGGAGUAAAAAAAAAAAAAAUGUGCCAUUCGCCAAAGUACCGGAGCAUGUCAGAUGUUGGUGCGGCAGGUAGCCUAGUGGUUAGAGCGUUGGGCCAGUAACCGAAAGGUUGCUGGAUUGAAUCCCCCAACUGUCAAGGUAAAAAUCUGUCGUUCUGCCCCUGAACAAGGCAGUUAACCCACUGUUCCCCGGUAGGCCAUCAUUGUAAAUAAGAAUUUGUGAUUAACUGACAUGACUAGUUAAAUAAAGGUACAUGUUUUUUAUUUUAAUGGAAAUAAAUAUUUGCAUAUCAUGAAUAUCA